AUGUUGGACCUAUUCGAUUUCGUUACCGAGCGCGGUGGUGAUAUUAAGAAGAUCAAGGAGAGCCAGCAGAAGCGCUUUGCUCCCGAAGAGACUGUUGAUGAAGUGAUUGCGCUGUACGAAGAGGCCCGCCGUGCCCGCUAUGAGGUAACAAAGAUCGGUACCACAAUCAACGGAGUUCAAAAGGAGAUUGGAAUGAAGAAGAAGAACAAGGAGGAUGCCACCGAACUCCUUCAGCAGAAGACCGACCUGGAGAAGCAGAAGAAGGAGCUCGAGAGCGCCGCUGUCGAGAAGGAGGUGCAGCGCGAUCGCAAGAUCCGCACCAUCGGAAACUAUGUCCACGAAUCCGUGCCCGUGAGCAACGACGAGGCAGACAACAAGCUGGUCAGGACAUGGGCUCCUGAGGACGUUAAGUGGGAGCGACCCGGUUGCCUCUCUCACCACGAAGUGUUGACUCGCCUCGAUGGAUACGACCCCGAGCGCGGUGUCAAGAUUGUUGGCCACCGUGGCUACUGCCUGACUGGAUACGGUCUCUUCCUUAACCUCGCUCUGAUCAACUACGGUCUCGAAUUCCUGUUCAACAAGGGCUACACUCCCAACCAGCCCCCUCAGUUCAUGCUUCGCGAUCUCAUGGCCAAGACUGCUCAGCUGGAGCAAUUCGACGAGGAGCUCUACAAGGUUACCGAGAGCGAAGACAAGUCUACUGAUAAGUACCUGAUUGCCACUUCCGAGCAGCCUUUGUCUGCCUUGCACGACAGCGAGUGGCUCCAGGAUAAGGAUCUUCCCAUCAAGUAUGCCGGAUACAGCACAUGUUACCGUAAGGAGGCUGGAUCUCACGGAAAGGAUGCCUGGGGUAUCUUCCGUGUCCACCAGUUCGAGAAGAUCGAACAAUUCGUCCUUACUAAGCCCGAGGACUCCUGGCAAGCAUUUGAGGACAUGAUGAACACCUCCGAGGAGUUCUACAAGUCCCUGGGUCUUCCCUACCAGAUUGUCGAGAUUGUUUCUGGUGCUCUCAACAACGCCGCCUCCAAGAAGUACGACCUGGAGGCUUGGUUCCCCUUCCAGAAGGAGUACAAGGAACUUGUCUCCUGCUCCAACUGCACCGAUUACCAGUCCCGCGCUCUGGAGAUCCGUUACGGUGCCAAGAAGGCCACUGAUCUGAAGAAGACAUAUGUGCACGCUCUCAACUCUACUCUCUGUGCCACCGAGCGCUCUCUUUGCUGUGUUCUCGAGAACUACCAGCGCGAAGAUGGUAUCGAGGUUCCCGAGGUUCUGCGCAAGUACAUUCCCGGUCAGCCCGAAUUCCUUCCUUACACCAAGGAACUCCCCAAGGAGACCACCUCCAGCAAGAGCAAGAAGUCCAAGGGCACCGAGGCUCCCACCCAAAAGAUGGAGAACCUCAAGGUCUAG